AUGGAGACGAUCCUGCCCAAGUACUACAACUGGACGAUGUCGUACCGCGCGGACUCCGACAUUUCUUUCCCGGGGGCGCAGGUGGUGCCGGGGCCGGGGCCGCGGGGGUGGCUGGCGCCCGCUGCUCCUCCUCCGCCCCCUGAUGUGGUGGCGUCGUUACCUUCGGUUCCCCCGCAGAGCGGGGUGAGCCAGAAUGCGGUGCGAGUGGCGUUCUUCAACGACUUCUGCCACCUGGAGCCCACCACCCGCGCCUUCGUCGCCGUCCUCAAGCUGUUCCUGCGCGUGGACGAGAUGGGCAAGGACUACGAGGUGGAGAAGUUGUACGACUACCUGCAACUGGACAUCGUGUCGGUGGUGAGCGGUAGCGGCAACUACAUUGCAGUGUUGCCACCUCACUCGUUCGUCAACGCGCGAGAUUUCCGGUCGGUGUCCGAUCUGGCCGUGUACUUGCUGUUCUUGGCGCAGCACCCGCAGGAGUACGCCAAGUUCUCGUGGUGGAAGUCCCACUACAGGCUGGUGCGCUCCCCGCCCGCAAACCUGUGCCGCCUCUGCGAGAAACUCCAACAGCCCCAGCCGCCCAAAGCCUACGUCAGCGUUUGGAAGUACUGGCACGGCCAGUACAUGUGCCGGUUUGACGAUGGGGAGGUAUUCGCAUGAGACGAAGAGUAGGGCUAUGCACCGAUUUAAACAUAUUUUCCCUUCAAGGUCACGAGCUGGUUACGGGAGCUUUGGUACGACUUUGCCAUUGGAGUUUCCGAUUGGAUGACAGUGUCCCGCUCGUCACCUUGAAUUGCCACAGUGUUUAAAUCGGAGUAUAUAUCAGAGA